AGCUGCAGAUUCUUGAACGCGCGCUGUCCUUGGGAUCAGCCGAUCAGCAAGAGGGACGGUGCUGGGAGGUCAGCUGUGACGUGUCCUUCAUCAGUCUUCACUUCCACAAGCAGCAGCCUCACAGACAGACAGAGCUUCCAGCCUGCGAGAAGAGGCGUACUCCCAUGGAACAUCUUUGAUCAGUGCUGCCCAACCAAUGCUACGUCUUGUGGCUUAUCUCCAUUGUCCCUGUGCAGUUCUCAACUUGAUUGGCUUUAAUCUAGAUGCCAGAGAACCUGAAUACUAGACUCUGCCAAAGAAAAGACCCUUAGAUAAUAAUUAUUGUGUUUCCUCAUCACCCCUGAAGUUGUGUGGUUUGUUUUGAUUGAGUGCAACCAUGGGGGCUGCAGGGUACGGCUACUAUCGUGCAACCAUCUUCUUCUGCAUGUUCAUCGGCUACGCGCUGUACUUCUUUAACAGGAAGACAUUCUCCUUCGUCAUGCCCUCUGUGAUGGAGGAGAUUGAUCUGGACAAAGACGACCUCGGUCUCAUCACCAGCAGUCAGACCAUGGCCUACGCCAUCAGUAAGUUCAUCAGCGGCGUGCUCUCGGAUCAGAUCAGUGCCCGCUGGCUCUUCUCCAUCGGCCUCUUCUUGGUGGGGGGCAUCAACAUAGUCUUCUCCUGGUCCUCCACUGUCCCCAUGUUUGCUCUGCUGUGGUUCAUCAACGGCCUGGGACAAGGCUGUGGCUGGCCCCCUUGUGGGAAAGUGCUGCGCAAGUGGUUUGAGCCCUCCCAGUUUGGAACAUGGUGGUCCGUGCUGUCCUGCAGUAUGAACCUGGCUGGGAGUCUGGGGCCAAUCCUGGUCACUGUGCUUCUGCAGUACUACAACUGGAGGACUAUCCUGACUAUGUCAGGCAUUUUCUGUGCUUGCUUCUCAAUUAUUUGUGUGGUGUUUGUGAAGAAUGAACCAAAGAAUGUGGGCCUGCCCAGCAUCGAGGUGGCUGCCAGUAAGGGGGCAAAGGGAGGCAACAACGAGAGCACGUUGAGGGAGUUCAUCCUGUCUCCUUUCCUGUGGGUGCUGUCUCUGGGCUACUUGGUGGUGUUCGGAGUGAAGACAGCUGCCACUGACUGGGGACAGCUGUUCCUCAUGCAGGAAAAAGGCCAGACUGUUCUCAUGGGCAGCACCUACACCAGUGCCUUGGAGGUGGGAGGUUUUGUGGGCAGCCUUGCAGCAGGUUUCCUCUCUGACAGAGCUGUAGCUCAGCAAGGCCUGGGCACCCACGGCAACCCUCGCCACAGCCUGCUUAUUCUGAUGAUGGCUGGUAUGUAUGUGUCCAUGUACCUCUUCAGAGUCACUAUCACACCUGAAAUUCCGAAGGAGGCUCCUCUUUGGGUCCAAGUCAUUCAUCCUGUCUCUGUUCUCAUCGGUGUAUCAGAAAAAGAGAUUUGGAUUCUGUUUCUUGGUGCAAUGUUUGGAUUUUCUUCUUACGGACCAAUCGCCUUGUUCGGAGUGAUAGCAAGUGAAAGUGCUCCCUCCAAUUUUUGUGGAACCUCUCAUGCUGUUGUAGCUCUGAUGGCUAAUGUGGGGGCUUUUAUGGCAGGGCUUCCCUUCAGCACUAUUGCUAAACAGUACAGCUGGGACAUGGCUUUCUGGGUAGCCGAGGUGAUAAUGGCCAUCGCCACCGUUGGUUUCUUCCUUGUACGCAACAUGCGCACCAAAAUGGGAUGUAUCGCAGAGAAAAUGGACUAAUUUAUCUCCCUGAAAUAAGCCAACUCAUGACGUCUUGUUUUGUGACUAGAUGGACUGAGGACUUAUAUUAAUGACAGCUCUGUAAACAGAAUACUGCACAUGAAUACAACACAAAUCUAACCCCUUGAAACCUAAGCAAAUUGGCUUGAUUUUUUUAUUUCAAAAACAUGGGAAGAAAGCAAU